CGGCACCUGGACGCUGGGGGCAGGACGCCGUGGGCGGGGUCGAGACGUGAGGGCAACGCGCUGGCGACACAGGGGCGGCUAUAUAAGUGAAUACAGGCACCGCCCCUCCGCCCCAGUCGCUGAGCCGCAGCCGAGGACUCAGCAACCUUCCCCUCGAGCCCCCCUCGUUUCCCGACGCUCCGUCCCCCCUGCCCACCUUCUCCCGCCGCAGCCUUCCGCAGGCCGUUUCCACCGAGGAAAAGGAAUCGUAUCGUAUGUCCGCUAUCCAGAACCUCCACUCUUUCGACCCCUUUGCUGAUGCAAGUAAGGGUGAUGACCUGCUUCCUGCUGGCACUGAGGAUUAUAUCCAUAUAAGAAUUCAACAGAGAAACGGCAGGAAGACCCUUACUACUGUCCAAGGGAUCGCUGAUGAUUACGAUAAAAAGAAAUUAGUGAAGGCGUUUAAGAAGAAAUUUGCCUGCAAUGGUACUGUAAUUGAGCAUCCAGAAUAUGGAGAAGUAAUUCAGCUACAGGGUGACCAGCGCAAGAACAUAUGCCAGUUCCUGGUGGAGAUUGGACUGGCUAAGGACGACCAGCUGAAGGUUCAUGGGUUUUAAGUGCUUUUUGGCUCACUGAAGCUUAAGUGAGGAUUUCCUUGCAAUGAGUAGAAUUUCCCUCCUGUCCCUUGUCACAAGUUUAAAAACCUCACAGCUUCUAUAAUGUAACCAUUUGGGGUCUGCUUUUAACUCGGACUAGUGUAACUCCUUCAUGCAAUAAACUGAAAAGAGCCAUGCUGUCUAGUCUGGAAGUCCCUCAUUUAAACAGAAGUCGGGCAGGAGGCGCCUGGCAGUGUCCAGCUUGAAACAAAGCAAUAACGUGAUGUUUCAGCCAAGCGCAAAGCCCCAAGAUCACAGGUGGCUACAUCUGGCCAGAAGCUCCUUGCCAGAGUUCCCUGCCCUCCUAGAAUGUCACCAUCUGAACAGCCCGUGGUGAAGCUGAGAGGAGGGGUGAGGCGGCGACGGCAUGUUACCGCUAGAGGGAGCCUGGGGUAGUCAAAGAUCUCCAACCUGACCACUGGUGGGUGGAGCUUAGAGCGGACACCUUCCCUCUAAGCAGGGUGAUGAGGAUAAUCGGGCGUGCCACCGAGGUCUUUUUAACCAGACGUAUCCCAGCUAAUUGAUGUCCAAACACCAGAAUUUGAGGCCAACCUUCUAUCAGAGUUAAACUUUUGACAAGGGAACAAAUUUCAAACUGAUGUGUCGGUCGUGUAGCUAGCUGUAGUGCUCACAACUUAAACUAGCAACAGCUGCCCAAUGCCAUGUGAAGUAACGAACUGAUUUUUGGAUUUUUCCCCCUUCAGUUUUAAUGUUAUGUAAUGUAUUUAAACCCUUAUUUAAAUAAAACUUGUUUUCAGAAACA